AUGCGUAUGUGUGAUGCGCCUAGGGUGCACUUGUUUGUGGAGAUUUUAAAGAAAAUAUUCUAUGAUGAGUCCUCUGAGACAUGCAUGUCUGUCACCUGUCAAUUCAAGGAAUUCAGCUGUUGGGGCCAUGCAAGCCGCUAUAUUCAUAACUCCUGGUGUUGUGACAGGCAGACAGACUGUGAGAAUGGCUCAGAUGAACAAGGCUGUGCCCCCAAGACAUGCUUCCAGUUUGAGUUUCGUUGCCAGAAUGGCAAGCGCAUCUCUCAGAAGUUUGUGUGUGACCAGGACCAAGAUUGCCUGGAUGGCUCUGACGAGGUCCACUGCCAGGCCGCCACUUGUGGGCCCACUCAUUUCCAUUGCAACUCCUCUGCCUGUAUCCCCAGCUUGUGGGCUUGUGACAGGGAUGAUGACUGCGAGGAUGGCUCCGAUGAGUGGCCACAGAACUGUGGGGGCCGCGACACUGCCUCUGCCUGGAGUAGCAGCCCCUGUCCCUCUCUGGAGUUUCACUGUGGUAGCAGUGAAUGCAUUCAUCGCAGCUGGGUCUGCUCGGAUGAGCCCAUUAAGGACUGCAGGACCAAGGAGUGCUUGAACAACAAUGGUGGCUGUUCUCACAUCUACAAGGACCUCAAGAUUGGCAACGAGUGCUUGUGUCCCAAUGGCUUCCAGCUGGUGGAUCAGCACAGGUGUGAAGACACUGAUGAAUGUCAGGAGCCGGACACCUGCAACCAGCUCUGUGUGAACCUUGAAGGCAGCUACAAGUGCGAGUGCCGGGCCGGAUUCCACAUGAACCCUCACACCAGGGUCUGCAAGGCUGUGGGCUCCAUAGCCUAUCUGCUCUUCACUAAUCGCCACGAGGUAUGGAAGAUGACCCUGGAUAUCAGCGAGUACACCUGCCUGAUACCCAACCUGAAGAACUUGGUGGCCCUGGACACUGAAAUGGCCAACAAUAGAAUCUACUGGUCUGACCUAUCCCAGGGAAAGAUCUAUAGCGCCCUGAUGGACCAAGCACCUAGCUUGUCUUACGACACCAUCAAUGGUCUGGCUGUAGACUGGAUCCAUGGCAACAUCUAUUGGACAGAUUCAGUUCCAGGCAGUGUUUCUAUGGCUGACACCAAAGAUGUAAGGAGAAGGACACUGUUCCAAGAGAAAGGGUCCAGACCCAGAGACAUUGUGGUGGGCCCUGUGCAUGGCUUCAUGUACUUGACAGAUUGGGAGACAUCUGCCAAGAUCAAUAAAGGAGGGCUGAAUGAUGUAGACAUUUACUUGCUGGUGACUGAGGACAUCCAGUGGCCAAAUGGCAUCACAGUAGAUAUUCCCAGUGGCUGCCUCUAUUGGGUUGAUUCCAAACUCCACUCUAUCUCCAGCAUUGAUGUCAAUGGGGGCAAUAGGAAGACCAUUUUGGAAGAUGAGAAGCAGCUGGCCCACCCCUUCUCCUUGGCCAUGUAUGAGGACAAAGUAUUUUGGACAGAUGUCAUAAAGGAAGCCAUUUUCAGUGCCAAUUGCCUCACAGGUUCAGAUGUUAAUUUGGUGGCUGAAGACCUCUUGUCCCCAGAGGACAUUGUCCUGUUCCACAACAUCACAUAGCCUAGAUGGGUAAACUGGUAUGAGAGAAUAGCCCUCCCCAUACAUACAUAA